AUGGGAGGGAAGAUGAAGGACGCGCGCGCGCGAGGGGACGCCGUCGACGACGCGCGGCGGCCGAGCGCUCGCGCGAGCGGGGAGCGACGACGGGCGGUUUUGAGCGAGCCGGACGCGGUGCCGGUGGUGCGAUUCGGCGCGGUCGACGUGGGAGGUACCGGGUGCGAGGGGUUGGAUAUCGUGAACGACACGGCGUUGACGCAAGAAGUCGCGUUCGCGGAUUGCGAAGCGAUCGCUCGAGACGGCUUCUCGCUCGAUCGAGAGACGUUGACGAUUCAACCCGGCACGACGGAGCGCGUACAGUUGACGUGGACGCCGCAGAGGGCGAUGGCGGCGACGUACUGCGGGCAAAUCUCGUUCGUGGUCGUCGCGGAGGCGCCGGUACCCAUGCCCGAGGUGGAGAUGAAGGCGCGCAUUCGCGGCGUGGCCAAGGGCGAAGUUUUACGACCGUUGACGAAUGAAGCGCCCGAGGAACGCGUGGCGAGCGCGACGAAACGUCCGCGAGAUGCGAGGUUGGCGACGCGGCGGUCGCUCGCGACGUCGCCGCGCAAACUCGCGGGUGAGGAUAAGUUGGCGUUGGACGCGAUGCGUGCGAAGCAGCGUCGGCUGGAGGACGAACCGGCGACUUUGGCGCUCGCGCCGGUGGCGCGAGCGCUGCAACUUCAGCGAGAAGAUUCGGCGUCGGGCGACGCCCACGAGGGUUCUACGAGUCGAAACGUGUCCGACGAGUUCCAAGCGGGAAUAUGGUUGCGUCAGCAAGAGCUCGCGUUCAUUGCGUGGUUGAAUCACACCAUCGUCAUCGACGACGUCGGCACGAUGGGCGACGACUCGCCGUCUGCGAACCGAGGAGGGAACGCCUCGGCUCGCGAAGUGCGGCAAACUGUUCGAAACAAACUCACGUCAUUGUACAGCUACGAUGACGAGCUCGGGAGAGUCCUGAAAAAGACCUACAGACACGUUGACAACGCUCGAUUCAGAUUGAACACCGGACAGACGUUCAUGGAUAACGUCGCGCUCAAGGAGGAAUUUGCGCGCGCGCUGUCGUGCUUCUCACCGUUUUGGUUGCAACUCGGCGUCGAUGUGGUUGUCGGCGGAGGCAUCGUGUGGAAGCGACGCGGCGAUUUGCACGAGAUUCAGAAGGAAUGCAUCGCCGCCUUGUUCCGUGAUAGAGAUUUGGAGAUUGAAUUUGGAACCGGGCACGUGCCCGGCGCGCCGCCGUUCGCACACGGAUACGAAGAGGCGUUGAGCCGAAGCGUUCUCAAGCGCGUUUUACUGCUGGUGUUCAUUCUCGAUCGCGCAGCGAUGAGUGGGUUACCCCCGAACACGCCAUUACUUAUGCGUCCUCACGCGGCGCUCAAACGAAGUGAAGACAUACUUCGCACGGCGUUGCAAGGCUCGAUGUACGGCGAAGGCGACGUCAUUCGCAACUUGAGUCAAUGUUCGUACAAGUUGCACUACAAACAAAAUCCCAUUCGUGAGUACGACUUUCAGUGCACGAACUUGGCUGUCGAUUUGCGCGACGGCGUGCGUCUAUGCCGACUCAUGGAAGUUUUGAACGCCGACGUACUCUUCAUGAGCUACGACGAAAAGAACAAGGAAUGGAAGCGAAGUCUGUUGAGCGAGGUGCACUUCCCAUGCGCAUCCAGGGCUCACAGGGUGCAGAAUGUCGAGGUUGCGCUGCGAGCGAUCAAGGAUCAACAAGUUGGCUUGCCUGGUACGUGGAGCCGAAUCAAAGCUGAGGAUAUCGUCGAUGGUCACCUCGAGCACACGAUGGGGUUGUUGUGGGCGUUGAUGAUGCACUAUUCGGCGCCGGGCUUGCUCCUGCCCAAGUCGUUGGACUCAGAGAUCACUAGAUUGGGCGGUAAAGUGCCAGAUAUCAAGCGUAUCGAACGGCUGUCAGCGGCACGACGCGGUGAUUCCGUCAUAGAAGCGCCGCAGUGCGCCAUGGAAGCGCGCCUAUACGCCUGGGCGCGGGCUGCGUGCGCGACUCAAAACGUUGAGCUCAACAAUCUCGGCGGCGCUUUCACCGAUGGUCGCGCUCUGUGCGCUCUUAUUCGCGCUUACGCGCCCAUGAUGAUUCCAAAGCGUCGCAUUGGUAAUGCUCCGCUGAAGCUCGACGAUGCGAAUGCGGAUACGGCAAAACACGCUCGGGAGUUGGCGCGUGACAACUUUGCUGCGGUUGCCAAGGCACUUCAAGCGCUCGGCGGCGUGCCGAACCCAACGUUUGAUAUACGAUUUACCAGUGACGAAGGCCUGGACUCUCCUGAUCCACGGGCAGUAAGUGGAUACUUGCUGUUUCUCAGCGCGCGCUUGCUGUUAUUGCGGCAGCAAGAAGUCGCUUGCGUCCGCAUCCAACGCUGGUGGAGAUGGAAUCGUCCAAACCGACCCAAGUUUGCCGAAGUCGUUCGCAAGUGGAACGCGGCGUCGACGGUAAUUGCAUCGCACGUUCGCCGCGUACAGGCAGUGGACGCGGUAAAUGCGCGAAAGAAUGCAAUCGUAAAGCUGCAAUCUUUCCGACGCGCGUGCGUAGCGCGGCGAGAGUUCCUCAAUAUGAAGAAUGCCGCGGUGAAGAUUCAAUCCUUCAAACGCAUGCACACGGCGCGCCUGGAAUUCCAAGACACAAAGUGGGCGGUGGAAAAGGUGCAAAAGAUGCGACGAGGUUGCGCGCAAAGAAAUCAGUUCUUGCGCAAAAAGCAAGCUGCGACUUUGAUCCAAGGUUGGUACCGAACGGUUUGUGCGCGUAACGAAUACGUGAACAAGACGUGCGCUGCGACCAUUAUACAGAUGCACUGGAGGGCUUUUGCCGCGCGCGCCGAAGCAAAGCGCAUCGUCGAAGCGCGAAUGAAAAUAAUUCACAGCGCUGCAACGAAGAUUCAAGCUGCGUUUCGAAAAUGUAUGAUGCGCAAGCACUUCCUUCGCUUGCGUUGGUUCGUGAUUUUAUCGCAAGCGCGCGCUCGCGCCGCCGCCGCGCGCCGGACCUUUGUGGCGCAAAAGAAGGCUAGCGUGACAAUCCAACGGCGUGUUCGACGAUUUUUGGACUACAAUGCGUACAAACGUCGUUCGCAAAUGAUAGAAAACGAGCGUCAGAAGAAAGCUGCGACGACGAUUCAACGUCACUGGCGUGGAUACAACACGCGCGACGGACUCGACAACAUUCAAUGGAAGACGUACUUCGUCACGUUGCUGCAAGCAUACGUGCGACGUUGGCAAACUCGUCGCAAGUUCGUGAACGAAAUUUUACCGCGUCAAAAAGAGCUCAAGUUGCAAGCGCGGAAGACGCAGAUGCGUGCGCGAAUGGCUCGUGAGCGCGAGGCGGCGACAUGCAUUCAAAAGUUCUGCCGCGGUCACCUCGCUAGAAAAACAGUGAGAAAGAUGCGGCGCAAGGCGUCCAAGGCGAAACGAGCCGAGAAGGAUGCCGCCGCGAAUCUACUUCAAAAGGAAGAGAAAUCUAGCGAGGAAAUCACUCAGCGAAGUCGGCGUCCUGUGUCGGCGUUCACGAGAAAAGCUUUGCUCGAACAACACGUGGUGGUAAUCCAAGCCUUCGUUCGCGGCUGGCUCGCGCGAAAGCACGCGGUGCAUAAAUUGGAGUGGCAUCGCAAGAGAAUCGCCGCCAAGGCGCAGCCUGUCAAUCCUUUACACGCGCGCGCUGAACAAGCUGCGAAUAUGAUCGCCGCACCGCACGCACGCGAUGACUGCCUGCGUGGUUGCACGUUCUUCACCGAACACUGGAAUCUGUCCAAGACGUGUCGAGGCAUCGUCACCUCGCCUCGCGUGCUGCACGCGUUGAUGCGCAACGUUCGACAGUGCAGCCGCUCGGCGUCACAAGUACCUUUGUUGACCGCGGCGUACGAUUUGUUCGAGAUCAUCGCACGCGAUAAGCACUACGCGAGUGCGUUGGAACAAUGCCCCGACAGUGUGAUGACCAUGACGGAGCAUCUGCAACAGUACCGCGACAGGCCGACGCUUUUGGAAUCCGCGGUGAACACGAUGGUGGCGUUGUUUGAAAACUCGUCCAACAAGCGGUCUUUGGUAAGCGAAAAGUUUUUGACGCGCGUCGAAAAAAUGAGAGAUAUCAUCGACAGCAAUCGCAUCGUGCACAGACGUCGGGCGAUGACUUUUGCGCAGCAAGGAAGAUACAAGGAAGAAACCGAAGCGCGCGACGCGUUGGUCAAGACGGAGCAAACGCUCGCGUGCUUGAAAAAGUUGACUCGUACGUUGACGUAA